AUCAUCCUUCUUCUGCUUUUGAAACUAGAAACUUCAAACUUGAAUCAACAUCAUCAAUGGCUUCCAAGACAAUCUGUCUUCCAGCUCUCUCCCUACUCUUCCUGCUGUUUGCUCUCUCCGAAGCGAGAGAAGUCACGGUCGAUGGUUGGACAGUCCAAAAUUCCGAUCACUUGACCAAGUGGACUCACAGGCACCAUUUCACCGCUGGCGAUGUUCUUAAAUGGAACACGAGCACAUCCAAGAGUUUUGACCCUCCAGUCCUGCAAGUGACAAAGGAGGCGUUUGAGAGCUGUGACAUAUCAAACCCACUCAAGGCUAACGUAACGGAGGUCACUCUGAACCCUGCUGGUAUGUUCUACUUCAUUAGCGGUGUUAAGGAGAAUUGUGACAAGGGAUUGAAGAUAACUGUGAAGGUUCAUGCUCAUCGUAAUAAAGAUCAUGGAGCUCCUGCUCCGGCACCCGCUCUUGCUCCAGAGAUGAAUAAUCUAGCAUCAGCGCCAGCAGCAGCGCCAACCAGUGCUGCACCUCAUGUAUUUAUUGGUGUUGGGUUUAUGGCUUUUGUUGUGAUUGGGGUUGUAGGUGUAGUAGGGAUGGUUUGA